UUGAAAAUUAUACGAUUCCUUGCAAUUUCAGGCGAAUGUUUGCGCUGUUACACUUGUGACGGCCCGCAAGAAUGUGCAAAUCCCCGUGAAGAGCAGUGUCCGAAGAACAACGAGUGCUUUACGGUUGCCGAAAAUUACGAUGUCAAACAAAAUGGACUCCGAAAAGGUUGUGCGCCAACAUGCGAUAGGGUUAAUUUAGUGGGUACGUUGUGCAGAACAUGCAGGUCGGAUUUGUGUAAUGGAAAAACAGGUAUCAAACAUUUAAACAAAUUGUUUUUCAUUCUCUUUCGUCAAAAAUUUAAAAUUUCAAAUUAAAA